GUGGACUUGGUUUGACUUUGGCGUUUUCCUACAGAAUGAUGACGAGUACCAGAGAUGUUUAACAAUAACAGGCCUCGUCAAUAAAGACUGGUGUCCGAGAGGCUUCUAACGAAACAAGACAUUGUGAAACCAAUCAGAACUACGAGGUCCUCUGUCGAAAAAAGCAGCAUGUCAAACAGUGUUGAUAGAUGUGUCGAACGCAAGUCCUCGUCAAAACAUUGUGAAAUCAACCCUGAUCAUUCUUGUGAAAAACCUUUUCAAUGUGGAAUGUGCUUAAAGUGUUUCUCUUACAAGUGUCGCAUUAAGCAGCAUUUGAGGAUCCACGCUGGUGAAAAACCAUAUCAGUGUGAGGUGUGUAGACUGUAUUUUCAUCACAAGCAUUCCUUGGCACGGCAUAUGUUCAUUCACACAGGAGUGAAGACUUUCAAAUGUGAGGUGUGUGCAAAAUGUUUCUCGUUCAGUUCCACCUUGAAAGAGCAUCUGCUCAUUCAUACUGGAGUUAGGCCUUUCAAAUGUGAGGUCUGUUCAAAACGUUUCAUUAACAGUUCUGGUUUAAAACAUCAUAUGCUGGUUCACACUGGUGUUAAGCCUUUUACAUGUGAGGUGUGUGCAAAAUGCUUCUCACAAAAGUCUUCCCUGAAAAGACAUUUGGUGAUCCACACUGGUGUUAAAUCUUUUAAUUGUGAGUUAUGUGCAAAAUGUUUCUCACAAAAUUCUUACUUGAAACAGCAUAUGUCGAUUCACACUGGUGUUAAACUCUUGAAAUGUGACGUUUGUGCAAAAAUUAUUUCUCGCAGUUCAAUGUUGAAAAGACAUAUGCUCAUUCACACUGGAGUUAAGUCUUUCAGAUGUGAGGUCUGUGCGAAACGUUUCUCACUCGGAUCCACAUUGAAAAGACAUAUGCUCAUUCACACUGGAGUUAAGUCUUUCAGAUGUGAGGUCUGUGCGAAAUGUUUGUAUGACAGUUCUAGUUUGAAGCAGCAUAUGCUUGUUCACACUGGUCUUAAGUCUUUUAAUUGUGAGGUGUGUACAAAAUGUUUCUCACAAAAUUCUCAUUUGAAAACACAUAUGUUGAUUCACACUGGCGUUAAGACUUUUACGUGUGAGGUCUGUGCAAAACGUUUCUCUCAGAGAUCCUUGUUGAAAGGACAUAUGCUAGUUCACACUGGUGUGAAGCCCUUUAGUUGUGACGUGUGUGGAAAACGUUUCUCACAGAAGCUGCAGAUGAAAAAUCAUAUGUUGGUUCACACUGGUGUCAAGUCUUUCAAUUGUGAGGUGUGUGGGAAAUGUUUCUCACAGAAGUCGUACUUGAAACAACAUAUGCUAGUUCACACUGGUAUCAAGUGUUUUAGUUGUGACGUGUGUGAAAAAUCCUUUUCACGGAAUUCGAACUUGAAACAUCAUAUGCUGAAUCACACUGGUGCCAAGUCCUUCAAAUGUGAGGUUUGUUAAAAAUCGUUCUCACAAAACUCGUUCUCCAAACGGCAUAUAUUGAUACACACUGGUGUUAAACAUUUCAACAGUCCUAAAGAAAACAAACAUUGAGGGCAGUGUUUACGUAUUCCUAUAACUUAGAUUGUGUGGAGCCAUUUAAAAUAUUUAUUUAUCAUAAUGAUACGAUAUAAAUUUAAAUUCUAAGGGAAACUAGAAGUUACUCGUUUCGAACUAGACAUAGCAGAGUGUUGGAAGUGAGAGUUGUAGCUCCCCUUCAGUGACGAAGUCCGUAAAUAAACAAUUCUAAAACAGGACAAGUCUUAGUUUGAUGAUGGUGGUAUUUUUUGUUGGGUUACUUCUUCUUCUGUUGGGUCACUUGUUCUGACUAAAAGUUAAGUUCUUACUUUAAAUAUUCUGAUGGAACCAAAUAAGGGAACACACAAAAUGUAACAGCAAAUAUGAACUGCAGGCAAACUCCUUCAUCCACUGUUACUGUCAGUUUCAAGGCGUCAAAAUUAGUCCCACGUUGGAUCUCCGAUAUAAGGCCCCUACCAGUGCAACUGAAGGGAACUAUAUAUUUUGUCUCCGUCUUUCUGUUUGUCCCACAUAUAUUUAAAUAAACUUUUUCUCACUAUGUCUCAAGAUAUGGAGCUGAACUGUUUUACACAGCUUUAUUGUGUACAGAACCGGCCUCGGUGGCGUCGUUGCAGGCCAUCGGUCUACAGGCUGGUAGGUACUGGGUUCGGAUCCCAGUCGAGGCAUGGGAUUUUAAUCCAGAUACCGACUCCAAACCCGGAGUGAGU